AAUAACAAAAAGUCCACACGAAAUCCGAAUAAAAUAAAUAAAAAUGCUGAAAAACUUUAAGCGUUUUAGCAUCCAUAGAAAGGACGACCAAAAAAUCCUUACUACCUGCGAGGAAAACGAACUCAAAUUUAUUUUCGUUUUGCCAGACGACUGCAAUGGAGACAUUGAAUCUGCUCCACAAAACUUGUGCGAAGCCUUCAAACAUUGGACUAAAACUUUUGAGAAAAGUUCGAUUUUAUCGGACACUGCUGCGUUAAAUUUGACUCCGUCAGAAGUCAAUCACAAUGAAAUUUAUAUUUUUUCAAACACCGAGAGCCAAUCUUUCGCCUAUUUAAAAGGACUGGGUGCUUUAAUUUUAGGCGCAAGAUGCAUUCUCGACUGUUUCGCUAACAAUAUGCCCGUGCCCAUCAGCUCUUCGCCAAUUUUGGCAGUUUCAAUGAAUGGCAUCGUCGUUUCAAUUUCGGGACCUACUGGCGAGCAACGUGAAGAGAUAAAGAUGCUGAUUGGAUACAUGGGUGGCGUUUGUUACGACGAUCUGAAUGCCUCAUGCACCCAUUUGGUGGCCAGUCAUGUGACAUCGGAAAAAUACGAAAUUGCGGCAAAACGAAAACUCAAAAUUAUGCAUUUUGGCUGGAUUUACGACUUGUGGAAGGCCAGUUGUGAGCGAAAUGUCCGAGCUGACGACGAGGAAUUCGACAAACAUCGUUUGCCGAUUUUCUAUCCGCUUUGUGUGACCUCAACGGGCUUGACUACGAAAGCUCGGGAGAAAGUAAAGAAUCUCAUAAAUGCGAAUGGGGGAACGUAUGAAGGUGCUUUCUCGUCGGAACGAACUCAUAUUCUAAUUUUGGAAAUGGCAUCGAAAAAUUCGCCCAAAUUUUUGACGGCAUGCAAGUACAAAAAGGAAUGUUUGACGCCUCAAUGGGUGUUUGACAGUGUUGAACAGGGGUAUGCGUUGAGCUUUGAGCCAUAUAGGGUGUCUUCGAUGCGUGUAUCGACACCAACGAAAGACUUUAAUCAGGUGCCUUCGAGUGAAUUUAAUCCGAAUAGCACGACACUUUCUGACAUUUCGCAUGUUGAUACCACGAAGACUGGCAGUAUUACAAUUAAUGAGACUACAAAUCAGAGCAGGAUGUCGUCCUUUUCGAAAACAAUUUCAAGUAGAACAACGAAAAGUACUGAAUCAAGACUGUCAGAAAAAUCCUACAAAGCAACCCUAGAAAAGCUGUCUUUAAGUAUUGCAAAGCGAUCAACGGGAUUUCUCGAUGGAUGCAAAGUAUACCUGAGUGGAUUUGAUAACGACUCGAAAGAUAAACUCGUUAAAUUCUUAAAUUACGGCGGCGCUAUUCGGUAUAAUGAAUUAAGUGACCAAAUUACGCAUGUCAUUGUUGGCGAAUAUGACUCAAGUGAUAUGAUAGAAAUUCAAUCGAAAAAUUUGCAUCCUCAUAUUGUGACGUUGGACUGGGUUGUCGAAAGUUUGGCUGCAAAGGAACCCGUCGCUAGUGAAAAAUUUUUAUACAAAAAAUUGUCAAAGGACACCCAAGAACCAAGUUUGCCGUCUCCAGCAAGUAAAAAAGCAAUUUUGUCAAUGAAUCACAGUUUCAAGCGACCAGUUGUGCCGCCGAAAUUAAACCUUGCACCAACAAAUCAAGCUGAGGAAUCUAACGACACUGGCAAAGUUAAAAAAUCAGUAGAAAGUACAAGCAAAGAUCAAACAGAUGCUGAAUCCAAUUUCGUAAAGCAAUAUUUAUGCCAACAAGAAAAACCACUAAAUGCACCUGAAGUAAAACUUGACACUAAUAUCGAUACUGAAGAUUUAGAGGAACUUAAUUAUUUGGCUGAUAAGACUGUUUUCUUAUUUGGAUUCGCCGGCGAGACUUUGGAGUCUUUGAUAUUAGAUUGUGAACAAGCAAAAGCCUGCAUCGUCGACGAACUUUUCACGGGUGUCGUUGAUUACGUAAUUACUCCCGUUAUCCUUCCACAAGUAGAAAUCCCCGUUAAAUAUAAACAAAUGGUUUCCGAGUCAUUUAUUGAAACUGCAAUACUGGAGAACAAAAUCCCAGAAAAACUGGAAUAUUAUCAUUAUCCCAUCAAAUAUUCUGAAAGUGAUCCAAAACCUUUGACCGGAGAUGUCGUGUCUUUCAGCAUUUAUUCCGGAUGCGAACGAAUUUUCAUAUCAAGCAUGGCCGAGCUUCUUGGCGCAAAGGAAGAAGAAAAAUUUUACAAAAAAUUAAAUCCAAUUUUAAUCGUACCGAGACCGGAGGGAGUUAAAUAUGAAGCUGCUAUGAAAUGGGGAUUGACGGCUAUAACGGCAGAAUGGCUCAUAAAGUGUUUCGAAACAAAAAUGCGGCAACCAUUCGAUGAAUAUCUUGUUGGAAGAGAAAACAAAAGUGACACAACUUUAAAAAAUGUCGAGGAAAAUCAAGAGGAAAUGACGAAAAAUGUUGAAAUGGAAAACGUCAAGGAAAAAAAUGAAGAAGAUUAUGUCUUGAAAAAUCCCCGUUUGUCCGAAUUACAGAAAAACUCAACAAAUAAGGAUAAAAUGGAGUCAAGUAACAUCUCUGGGAACAUUAGUGACUUGGAUUUAGAUACGCCAGCCAAAGCUCUUGUAAAGAAUUUACUUCGGGAUGAAGCUGUGAAGGAAACUCCAAAUACGAAACGUCUCAAACUCUGUAUUCAAAGUGCUGGUCCAAAAAGCAGCAACACUCCAAAAGUACCCAAGUGCAUUCUUACGCCGAAUAAUAUGUAUUCUCGGCAACUUGAUGACACUCCCGAUACGCGUCACUCGAACAAACGAAAAUUGGAUGUGUUGGACACUUACUACAUGCCGAGCAAAGAUCGACGUAAAAGCACGCCUUUCAGUGAUGUCCGGAAGCAAUUUUGGAAAAGUGCUUUGGGCGAAGAAGAUAUCGAAGCCGGUUCAAGUGAAAAUUUAAGCAAAACAUCAACAGAAAAUAAAACUCCGUUAUCCACGAAGGGACUUCAAAAAGUCAUAAAACACUUCGGUCCAAAAAGUUUGACGAAAGAUGCCGAAAGUUCCUCUUCUAUCGAAAAUCACAAUAUAUCUUUCAAUGAAAACGAGCCGAAAGACGAUAAAAAUGAAGAAGAUGAUGGUCUCUCAAAAGUAGCAAAUUUAAUAAAAUCCCGCUCAGAAAAAUCAAAAUCAUCUACGAAGAUGCCGCCGCCAAAACGCACGUUAGAAAUGCCAUUGUGUCAAGUAAACUCGGAAAUUCUGAACGGCGAAUCGCAGGAUAUUGAAGUCGGAUGGAAAACGCGUCGUUCAGUUCAAAUCAAAAAAUUUAUGUUCACGUCCAUGAAUGAUGAGGAUAAGUUGCGUUACAUGAAAAUUGUUGAACAAUUAGGAGCGGAAAAUCUCAACAUGUCUACGGGCUUUGAUGACGCCUGUACUCAUCUGAUUUUUAGUCGACCGAAUCGAGGUGAAAAGGUCAUGGCUGCGAUCUCGGCUGGGAAAUGGUGUUUGAUGCCGUCCUAUUUGGAAGAUUGUCUGGCGGCAGGGAAAUUCCUAAAUGAAGAAAAUUACGAAUGGGGAAAUCCAGCAGCACAAAAAUCUACAAUCAACUUAGCAGAAACAGAACUUAAUGUUGCAAAAAGUUGUUACAAUUGGCGUUCCAAAAUAGCAUCAACUAGAAUUGCUGGAGCAUUUCACAAAUUUGUAGUUAUUCUUCAUGUAGCGAAUCGUGAAGCAUUUAAACGGAUCAUUAAAGCAGGAGGAGGAAAAGUUUUGGAAAUCAGUGAGCCAUACCACACAAAUGAAGCUGCCAAAGAAGCUACUCAUUGUUUUAUUGAUGCGAAAAAUUGUACAUUAACAGACACAGAUGUCGCGUUUUUAAGGGAAGCUGGAGUUCAGGUGCUCCUGAUCAAUUAUAUCAAUGCAUAUCUGAAUAAUGAAAAUAUUAAUACGGAAAAGUUUUCCAUUAAAAUUAAGUCUCCAACAGUUUAAUUGCUUCAAAUUAUUUUCAAAUAAAUUUAAUA